AUGGAAAUAAAAUGUCUCCGAUUACGUCGGUCAACUUCCGAUACCGACGAUUGGAAUUUCAUAAAUGAUUUUACAAAUAAUAAUACUAAUAAUGAUAACAAUAAUAACAAUACUAAUAGCAGUUAUGAGUUGUCAUCAUCAUUUGACUACGAAGAAGAAUCAGCGCUUUGUAAUCCGGUAUAUUUUUUACUGGAUUUGUUUCAUAAAUUUUAUAUCCCGUUUAUUAUUUUACUCGGACUUGUCGGUAAUUUAUUGUCCUGUAUUGUGUUUUUAAAUACACAUUUGAAAAUGCGAAGCUCAAGUUAUUAUUUAGCGGCAUUAGCGAUGACUGACUUUAGUUUUUUAAUAGCGUUAAUGUUUGUCUGGUUGAAUUUUCGGGUUGGUUGGAGAGUUUUUAAUGAAGAUGGUUGGUGUGAAAUUCUCGUUUACGUGAGUGCUGUUUGUAGUUCACUUAGUGUUUGGUUGACUGUUGCAUUUACUGUUGAACGAUUUAUUGCAGUUCAGUAUCCGUUGCAUCGGCCGUAUAUUUGCACGAUCGCGAGAGCAAAAAUGAUUAUUUUUAUGCUGACGGUGAUGGCUCUUAUUUGCCAUUCAUACGCAUUUUUUACCGCGGGUGUCACCAAAAGCAGAGACGGAGUCGAGGAUAUUUGUGAUCUUAGACCAGAGUAUCUGGAGCUGAUGAGAGUUAUUAACAUCACUGAUACAAUUGCGAGUUUGAUUGUUCCACUGAUUUCUAUCGUUGUUAUGAACACGAUGAUUAUGAGGAACUUUUUCAAAUUCAGUAGAAGAUUUAAGCCGACGAGUUUGCCGAGUACUUCUAAUCAGUGCCCCAGUAGAGAACGUUCUGAUGUUAAUCUUAAUCAGGUUCCUAGCGGAAGUAGCAGCAAUAAUGGUAUAGUUCUUGGAACAAGAAAAGUUCCGUCACAGCAAUCAUUUAAUUCAACUAAAAACAAUAAUUCCCACCAUUCAUCUGGUAUCGGAUCAGCCACUGGGGCUGGAGUUCCCAAUGGAUCGGGGACAAGUGUGGGUGGGCAACCCGCGAUACAACAGACAACAGCCCUCUCAGUGGUCACACAACCACCAGCCGUUGCUUCAACCUCAAUGAUGAGGAGUACUUAUCAAAUUCCUGAGUUUACUGCGGCUCGAUGUAUACAUAUUAGGGCGUCAUCGAGAAAUUUAGCUACCACGAGAAACCAACAGAGUAUUACUAAAAUGCUAUUAUUAAUUAGUACAGUAUUUGUAUUACUUAAUUUACCGAGUUACGCUAUACGUCUGUGUAUAUUUUUUUUCACCCUCGCCGGUCGAGACAGGCCAGCAUUACUUUGGUGUCUACAGCAAUUUUUUAUGCUGUUAUAUUACACUAAUUUUAGUAUUAACUUUUUAUUAUACGCAGUAUGUGGUAUCACAUUUCGGCGUUGUCUCAAUCAAUUAGUACAAAAGUACUUGAGCUAUAUCACGAGAUAUAUCGGCAGGCGGCGAAGAAAUUCUUCAAGUUCAUAAAUAUUUAUUUAAAUAUAAUUAUUAUAAAUAAUAUAUUUGUGUGGUUAAAUAAUUAUAAAAAAUACGCGUAUA